UAUCAUUCGGUUAUUGUGCCCACGGAGUAGUAGGACUGAAAUGGUAAUAGACUAAAAAUGUGACGAAAGAGAGCUUUCCUAUUAGUUUAUUUAUAAAAAAAUAAUGCUGUGUAUAAACUCCAAUUUACGAAACAGCCUGCGGUACUUUUAUUCUAUUGAAACCCUACUUAUGUUCGCCGGUACUUUAUGAAAAAUAUAGGAACAUUUUUAUUGAACUGUGAACAAACUGCAAGUCAUAACAUUAUUCGGACUGUCGUAUGCGCAAAACGAAUGUAGAUUCUCUAAUAGAAUGGGGAGUAAAGAGGAUAGAUUUGGAAAAAAGCGGCAUUUGAAUGAAAUGUCAAACGUUGAAUUACCAAAGGCGUUCACUUCAACAGAUCGUAAUCAUUGGCGAAAAAGAUCAAGAAAUGAUAAAGCCUAUGAACCACUAGUCGAGAGUUUGUUUAAAAAACAAUUCUUAAUUGAGAAUGAUAAGUUUAUCAUCCCUAAACCAGAAACUAUGUUUACCGAUAAUCCAUGGGAUAUAACUAAGCUACAAAUAUUGAAAAGAGAGCUAAAUGAUAUAAAAAACAAGCUAAACGAUUAUGAUAUCGCUAAAUGGCAUCAGCAUACAAGGCGAAGGAACAGAGCUGGAGAUGUGCAGUGGCGUCUCCGAAAUGAAAUAGAUCCAGAAUUCCUAACUCAGGCAUGGUGUAAAUUCUAUGAAAAUUUAUCCUCUUUUCCAUUGGUACCAAACACUGCUGUAAAAGCUGAGAAACUUUUGUCAGUUCACCUGUGUGAAGCACCUGGUGCUUUUGUAACAUCCUUAAAUCACUGGCUAAGGUUGAACGCACCUAACAUACAGUGGGAUUGGAUUGCCACGACAUUAAACCCAUAUUAUGAAGGGAAUCCCCUUUCUUGCAUGAUAAAUGAUGAUAGAUUCAUCAUAUCUUCCUUGAAUCAAUGGUGCUUCGGCAGUGAUUAUACUGGGAAUGUGAUGAAUCUAAAAAACAUGACGAAUUUGGUUGAAAAGUGUCAAGAAAAAGGAGAUGUAUUAUUGGUUACAGCUGAUGGCAGUAUAGAUUGCACUAAUGAUCCUGGAGAGCAGGAAUCAAUUGUUGGACCGUUGCAUUAUUGCGAAGCAGUUACAGGCCUGCAGCUACUAUCUGAGCACGGAAGUCUACUCCUGAAAAUGUUUACCAUAUUCGAACAUGAUUCAUUGUGCUUAGUUUACCUUAUUUCCUGUUUGUUUGAUCAGGUAUUUGUAAACAAGCCUGUAACCAGUAAAGAGGGAAAUUCUGAAAUAUAUUUGGUAUGCUUAGAUUAUCGAGGACCAGGAUAUUCUCUUCCUUAUUUGAAUAUAUUGAAAAAAUAUUAUGAGAAACGUCCAGAUAAAUCAAUGUUCCGUAAAGAGGAUAUACCAGAUGAAUUUUUUCAACAAAUGAUUUCAUGCGGCGAGUUCUUCAAAGCUCACCAGAGUGAAGUGAUAUUAAAGAAUAUAGAAGCCUAUCGAUGCGAAGAGGACAAUGGGCACAUAGAUUUUGAAACAAAAAAAAUCAAGCGCAUCGUUGCAAAUAAAUUCAUAUCAGCGUACGGUCUUCGAAAACUAGAAAAUGAAAGUUUAGAAGUAGUUGGGAAAACUAAACUGACACACAUCCAUUCUAUUAACUUGGAUCCAAGAAUACCAGAUGGCUCGUACAAUAGACGGCGGGUAAUGGAAAAUCUGGAGCCAGAACGCCUUCUCUUAGCACUAUGUCAGAAUCUAACUCCAAUUCAAGUUCGGGCAACGACGCAGUGGUUUACAUUUACAGGACCUUUGGAUGCAUUGCAAAUCUGCUGCGGAAAAUUGUUUCUGAAAGUACAGAGUUCCAAAUUCUGUAUGGGAAAGUUUUUGAAAAUCCGUAACAGAGUUUUUGAACUAUCGGAAAAACUUGGUAUUGAUCGUCCCUACAAUCAAGUAGAAUCCAUUCGAAACUUUGUAAAUGUGUUAGAAAAUGAUACGAAGAAUUAUAGGUAUUUGAGUUUUGAACCAUCAAUUACAGAAAACAGUAACAAUACUUUAAGUAAAAUAAAUAAAAUACUGGAGAACAUUGUAGAAAGGGACAGUCUGGUUUUGAUUGGCUAUUCUUUGUUAACUCAGUUGAACGUAGGAAUUUUAUACAUAUUAGCCCAUAUGUUUCAAUCACUCGGUGUGAUAUUGAAUGAAAAAUUUGGCUGUAUAGUUAUACUAAAACAUAAUUUACGCACUAAAAGUACAAUGGAGUGUUUUAAAGAAGUUCAUAAUGCUACAAUCAAAGCUGAAGCCUCUAGUGAAUCUGUACUAUCAGUUCUUCCCAUCACAAAACUUUGUGAAAGCGAUCUUUAUCCCAGCAUCGUCGACGCUAAUCAUUGGACCAUCGAGCACUGUGUGAAAGAAAUUGGCGACUGUGUACAAAAAAAAUUGUCAACACAAAUUGGACUUACUGGACACAGUUAAAUAAAGUUUGAAAUAUUUUUACUAAGGAGUGUAAUAUUUUAUGCAAGAUUUUUGUGACUCAUUAAAACUGAAUACGUGGCUACAAUCUAUCAAUUAUAUACUUAUCUGACGAAUAAACAGUACAUGAGACAUUGAGAAUAUAUUCUUCAACAUACCUUGUAGGUCUCUAAGUUUCCAUAUCGAUAGAUAGUAUAUGUAUAAUGUUUUAUUCAUUGCACAUUGACCUGAAUGUCCGUAUUUGAAGUUACUUUUACAUGGUAUACUCUACUGGUGAUGCCCAAGAUGAAAUCAGAAGCUCUUUCUGUAGCAAAGCAGUCAAUAUACCUAGUUCUCUUGGAAUAGUUGCGUAAUAUUUCAAAGUGUUUCAGCUACUCAUUGUUACUGCUAUAAAAUACACAGUGUUUCUAAGUGUAGUGAAGACGUUGAAGUAUAAUGAAUUAAUAU